AUGGAUGUGAUCACAAAUGUCCUCGCGGACAGAUCACCUGUUCUGGCCUCUGUCGCCAUAAUCCUCGUCACGGUGUUCAUCGCAUCUCGAUUAUUCGACAGGGAGAGCUUAUCGCAUUUACCCCUGGUGGGCGCGGAGUUUGGGGAUGCCGAAAAGCGAAGGAAGGCGUACAUCACGAACAGUUUGGAUUUUUACAAGAAGGGGUACGAAUUAUAUAAGUCGAAACCAUUUCGAAUAACCUCACUCGAUGGCGAUGUCAUUGUCUUGCCUCGACAUCUGAUGGAAGAAGUGAGACAACUUCCGGAUGAAUGUAUCGAUAUUCACAAGGCCUUCGAUGUCAUGAAUGAGCAGAAACACCUUGGCAUGGGCGACACUCGACGAACGAAAUUCCUCGUCCAUAUUGUUCAGCACGACUUAACUCGCGGCUUGGUGCGUGUCAACCCCCGACUCUCGGCCGAGACAAACCGUGCGGUUCACUCGGAGCUGCCGCCUUGCGACGAUUGGACCCCUGCUGUGGUAUAUUCAACACUGCUGCGAAUAGUAGCUAUUGUCUCGGGCGCCCUUUUCAUCGGCGAGGAACUAUGUCGCUCAGAAGAAUACAUUCAGGCUAGCAUUGGGUAUACGUUGGACUUCAUCGGCGCUGUGGAGAAUCUUAAGAAGUGGCACAGGCGAUGGCGAUGGUUCGGACGAUAUUUUACACCCGAAGUCGAUAAGCUAUUCUCGGACCGCAAGAAGGCGCACAACUUUUUGCGACCUAUCAUCGAACAAAGACGCGCCGCUAUGAAGGCUGGCAGGGAAAUGCCUGAUGAUGCUCUUCAAUGGAUGUUGAAUAGCGUGGAUAAGUUCGGUUUGACUGAUGCUGAUUUGGCUGAGACGCAGUUGGGUAUGAGUUUGGCCGCGAUUCACACCACGACUUUGACUUUAACUCUUAUAAUAUAUGAUCUCGUAAUCAGGCCCGACGUGGUUAACGAGUUGCGCGAGGAGAUCAGGACGGUUACCGCCGCACACAAUGGCGUCAUGACCACCCAAGCGCUCUUCGAGAUGAAAUUGUUAGACAGUGUUAUGAAGGAAUCGCAGCGCGUGAAUCCAGGAUCUACAGUCCGAUUCCAGCGAUUUGUCGCCAAGCCUGUGACUCUUAGUGAUGGUACCUACUUGCCUGCCGGAUACAUGAUCGAGACAGCACACGGCCUGACGGUCUCGGAUCCGGAGCUAUUCCCGAACCCUGAGGAAUUCGACGCGCACCGCUUCCAAAACCUACGUAACGGCACAGCCGAGGAUAAGUUAAACUAUAAGAACAAGGAACAAUACCAAUUCGUAACCAUGACGAAGGACUUCAUGUCCUUUGGCUACGGCCGCCAUUCUUGCCCUGGUCGCUAUUUUGCCGCUCAGGAGAUCAAGCUCAUUAUCGCGCGUCUGUUGCUUGACUUCGAUAUGAAGAUGCCGGACGGUCUUACCGAGCGUUAUGCCAAUCUUUCGCAGGGUGCGAAUGCUUUCCCGGAUCCGACUAAGGAGGUGCUGUUUAGGCGGGUUAAGAAUACGUAGGGGUUUAUAGAUGUUGGUCCUAUGUAUGUAGAGUUGUCUUACUGUAUAGCGAGAUGAUAUAUAUAAUACGAGCGAUUCGAUCUUGAAAUAGGUAGUGUUCGUCGGUUGAACUUGUUAUGAAUGGGAGCCCAAGCCGUCUUAUAGGCAGACUCAGUAUAAUCAGUGCGCCGCUAAUCUCCCGCCUCGACAUAGAACCGUUCGCCGUCUCUGAGUAAACGAUUAGGUUGUGCUUUACGAGAACCAAGAAAUCGUAUACGAUUGGUUGCUGGGGCGGUACCUAGG